CACUUACCGAGUUCAUCCAUUAGGCCCCUCACAGCUCAGAUCCAGCCAGUCAUGCGGGCCGCCCUCGCCCUCGCUGCCACCACUGCGGCGUUCCUGUCCUCGUUCACUCCAGUUAAAGCAGGGUGUGAGAUAUUACGCGCCCAGAUCGCAGGAUGUCCUCAAGGAUGUUGGGAAGUCGCUGACUACGGCAGUUGCACCCCGGCAUCCAACUCGACCUGCUUAUGCAACGAGCCGGUAUUCGUGGAGAGUGUCUCUUUAUGCAUUAAAAGUACAUGCACUCCUAGCGAGAUUGCUCAGUAUGCGGUACUCGCGGACCAGCUCUGUGCGACUGCAAAUGUUACCCUAGAGAGACGAUUGUUGGAACGGGAGCUGUAAUAGAUGUUUCGCUUUGGUUCACUAUUGCGGGUGUCAGUACAUUAUGAUCAGUUACUACAGACGGAACAUUGAUGUCCAUGCCGCAAUUCCCUACCCCACCGAGUACCUUGAAGCUAGAGAUGGGCUUUGCAGUGGU